AUGCACUCGUUCACUCUGGAAAAGGCGAAAGCCUGUCAGAAAUCUACAACACCAAUAAGCUACUUCCAAAUGCCACCACCACCACAAAAGGCCCGUCAUCGCCAACUCUGUCACGAACCCCAUCGGAAAACCGGACCGCUCUGUCAACGCGAGGGGCUGUCUAGCGAUUACGAAUUCCCAGGGCCCCGUUUCAUUUUCGAGGCCAUUUUCGUGGAAUACGACGUUGUUCGGUUCAGUUCGGACAACGACUACGAUACGGACCUGAUAGUCAAGCUGAACACAACAGAUAGGCAUCUGAACCACAGAAGAGUGAACUCUCCAUUGACAAUGAGCGGCAAGUUGACCCCUAGCACUCUCCUCACCUGCAAGACCACCGGCAUGAAAAUGCCUAUAUUUGGUCUGGGCACUUUUCAAAUGAACAACGAACCCAUGGUGAAGGCCAUGAACAGGGCUCUGGAGUUGGGGUACCGGGUGUUUGAGUCGGCCCUCCUCUACAAAAAUGAGAACAUCAUCGGCCAAGUGCUCAAGGAAUGGUUUGACAGCGGCAAGCUGAAGAGAGAAGAUGUCUUUGUAAUCACAAAAUUGCCAGGCACCUACCUGAGACCUGAGGAUGUCCGAGAUGCAAUAGAUCAGCAGCUGAAGGACCUGCAGUUGACCUACGUUGACCUGUACCUGAUUCAUCAUCCCGUUGGAGUGCAGAGAGCAAACAUUGGGCAGACCGCUGGAGGUGUAGCAAACCAUAGAGCCAUGGUGUUGGAUAUGAGCACUGACUUGGUAGCUGUUUGGAGGGAGAUGGAGAAACUGGUAGAUCAGGGACUGACGAAAUACAUCGGGCUGUCGAACAUGAACGUCAAGCAGGUUGAGAGGAUCUACCAGAUCGCCCGCAUCAAGCCGUCUAACUUGCAGAUAGAGCUGCAUGCUUAUCUACACUGCAACGAAGAACAGCAACUUUGCAAAAAGCUUGACAUGACUCUUACAUCAUACGCCACUCUUGGCUCUCCAGGCCUUGCCAAGGGAGCAUUCGAUGGAUCCGAGACUCCUGUAAUAAAUGAUCCACUGUUGAAGAAGAUAGGCGGCAACUACAAUAAGUCUCCGGCGCAGGUGCUGAUCCGCUACCUCCUACAACUGGGAAUCGCUGUCAUUCCGAAGAGUGUAAACCCUGAUCAUGUCAAGGAAAACAUUGAGGCGUUUGACUUUGAGCUGUCUAAAGCUGAUAUGCAGCAGCUGAGCGGUCUGGAGAAGGGAGAAGCGGGAAGACGGUUUGUUCUCAGCCAAAUGAUGGUUCAUCCAGAGUAUCCAUACGCUAAAAAAUGAGAUAUAAGAGUAGAUGUUACUAAAUGAUAAAAUAAAAAUGGAUAAAUAUACUGUUCAUAAAUGAUUUUGGAUAAUGAUAAAAAAUGUUCACAUCUUCCCUAUCAUAGUGUGAUGGCAUUUGUUGUGUUUUAAUCAAAACUACUAAUGAUAUUUUAAGUGUUUGUGUUACAGUUAAUUUCAAUUGAUACAGCAAUUUGUUAUAAAACUUAAAUAUGAAUUUUGUAAAAAAAUAGAUAAAGCCUAUGUAUUCUUUAUAAAAAUUACAUAUUUGUGUAUUA